CUCCACUCCGUCUGAAUGGUCUGUCGUUCCGGCUGAGAGUUGCUCCCUGGGAAUCUGGGGCUGGCAAGAGGGGAUCCUGCGGUUCAGUUCCUCCCCAGGGAAGGGAACGAGAUUCUGAGAUUCAGAUCCCUGGAAGACUGGAAGGAUCUUUGGAGAGCCAGCCGAGACCAGUUUGCCCGGUGGUGCCAGUGGUUGGAAGAUCCCUUCUGAGCCUGGCAGAGAAGAUGAAGCAGGAAGGGCCCCAGGUUCUGAGGUCCUUCCAGGGAUGGGGAGUAACAGGGUGGAUUGCACAAAUCUUUUUCCUGAUCUGUCUUUCCGAGCGAUCCCCGAGGAUAAAAGUCAAGGUCAGGCUACCUCACUAGUGGACAAAAUGGAGUCACCGUUGUUCACUGAAUCAUCUCCUUCUAUUGGUGGAGCUGAAAGAGCCGCUGGAUUCCUGACUCAGGGUCCUGUGUCCUUUGGGGAGGUAGCCAUCCAUUUCAGCAGUGAAGAGUGGUUGCUGCUUGAUCCCAGCCAGAAAGCCCUGCAUCAAGAAGUCAUGUUGGAAACCUCUAGGAUGGUCGCCUCUUUAGCAUUUGAUGCGCAGAAGAAGGAAAACGACCAAGACCCAGAUUUAGUGCCAUUGCAAAUAAUCACAAUUGAAAUUCCUACAAAUAAGUGGGAAAGGAGGAAACAUGAAAAGAAGCAAAAUUGGAGAGAAAAAUCUAUUCUUGAGUGUCUGGAAAUAGAUCGUGUCCUUACCCAACGUGAUUCCAAAGAAAAUACGGGGAAAUGUCAAAGUAGAAACAGAUUCAAAGCAAAUCCCAAUGUUAGUAACCCCAGCAAAUCAGGAAGAAGCUCCAGCAAUAAUGAUCUUACUUCACAUAAAAAGAACCAAGCAAGGGAGAAGCCCUACAACGGUGUGAACUAUGGAAAAAGCAUUGGAAGAAGAGGUAAUUUAACUUCUCAUAAAAAGAUCCAUAAAUGUGCGGAUUGUGGAAAAAGUUUCAGUAGGAAGGGUUCCCUUACUUCCCAUAAAAAGGUACAUACUGGAGAAAAACCUUUUAAAUGCAUAGAAUGUAGGAAGAGUUUCAAAAGUAGUAUUUACCUGAUGUGCCAUAGAAGGGUCCAUUCAAGGGAAAAACCUUAUAAAUGUGUGGAUUGUGGGAAAACGUUCAGCAUACAGUGUUCCCUUACGUCCCAUAAAAAGAUCCAUACAGGAGAGAAACCCUAUAAAUGCACGGAGUGUGGGAAGAGCUUCAAAGGAAGCAGUGCUCUCAAUUAUCAUAUUCUGAUCCACACAGGUGAAAAACCCUAUAAAUGCCUAGACUGUGGGAAGGGCUUCAGGCAAAGCGGUGACCUUGCUUCCCAUAAACGGAUCCACACGGGAGAGAAACCCUAUAAAUGCAUGGAGUGUGGAAGGAGCUUCAGUGUAAAGAGUUCUCUUACUUCUCAUAAACGAGUUCACACGGGAGAAAAACCCUUUAAAUGCAAACAAUGUGGGAAGAGCUUCAGCACUAGUAGUUCCCUGAUAUGCCACAAAAGGAUCCAUACAGGGAGAAAACCUUACAAAUGUGUGGAUUGUGGACAAAGCUUCAGUGUGAAGGGUUCCCUUACUUCCCAUAAAAAAGUACAUACUGGAGAAAAACCCUUUAAAUGCAUAGAAUGUGGGAAAAGCUUCAGAAGUAGUAAUUACCUGAUGUGCCACAAAAGGAUCCAUUCGGGGGAAAAACCUUAUAAAUGUAUGGAUUGUGGGAAAAGGUUCAGUAUAAAGUGUUCCCUUACGUCCCAUAAAAAGAUUCAUACAGAAGAAAGACCCUUUAAAUGCAUGGAGUGUGGGAAGAGCUUCAAGGGAAGCCGUUCUCUUAAUAUUCAUACACUGAUCCACACAGGAGAAAAACCCUAUAAAUGCCUAGACUGUGGGAAGAGCUUCAGGCAACGCAGUGCCCUUGCUUCCCAUAAACGGAUCCACACGGGAGAGAAACCCUAUAAAUGCUUGGAGUGUGAAAAGAGGUUCAGUGUAAAGAGUUCUCUUACUUCUCAUAGACGGAUCCACACAGGAGAAAAACCUUAUAAAUGCAUGGACUGUGGAAAGGGCUUCAGGCAAAGCUGUGACCUUGGUUCCCAUAAAGGGGUCCACAUUGGAGAAAAACCCUAUAAAUGCAUGGAGUGUGGAAAGAGCUAUAAAAACAGCAGUUACCUGAAUCUCCAUAAACAGCUUCACACGGGAGAGAAACUCUAUACAUGCAUGGAGUGUGGAAAGAGCUUCACUAUCAAGACUUCUCUUACUUCUCACGAGAGGAUCCACACAGGAGAGAAACCCUAUAAAUGUAUGGAGUGUGGGAGGAGCUUCAGGCGAAGCAGUCAACUUACUUCUCAUAACAGGAUCCAUACAGGAGAAAAACCUUGUAAGUGCAGAGUGUGGAAAGACCUUCGUUGCCAGUAGGUCUCUGACUUCCCAUAAAAGGACCCACAUAUAAAAGGGCCCAAAGGCAAAAAAAAAAAAAUUGGACGAAAAUGCACACAUGGUUAGAGAAAAUGUUAAAGCAACAUACAGAUUUAAGGCCAGAAAUAUUUUUGUUAGCUUUAAUACCAGAAAAAUCUAAAAAAGGGAACAAAUCUUUAAUACUAUAUGUCAGUGGUUCUCAACCUUUAUAGUGCUGUAUAAUUCCCCACGAUGUGGCAACCCCUUUAAUACAGUUCCCCACAAUGUGGCGACCCCAACCAUAAAAUUAUUUUCGUUUUGAAUUUAUUGCGCCUGAAGCCGUAUUGGCUAGCGAUCUGAACUGCUUGCGAUUGCCUUGAGGACGGAGGCAUUAAAGCGGAGACUCCUCCCCUAUUAAGUUUAUUGCGCCUGAAGCCAGAUUAGGCUAGCGAUUGGGAGUGAUUGCAGCUGGCUUGAGAGGGAGACAUCACAGCAAAGAUUUCUCUCUUUUUUAAUUCAUUGCGCCUGAAGCCGAAUUCGGCUAGCAAUUUGAAGAGCCUGCAGCUGGCUUGUGGAGUCAACCAUUGGAGCACGAUUCUUCGACUCGCAAGUAUACUUCCAUAUUUCCGAUGGUCUUAGGCGACCCCUGGCAAAUCGUCAUUCGACCCCCAACGGGGUCCUGACCCACAGGUUGAGAACCGCUGCUAUAUAUCUUGGCAGCAGCAAGAAUUGUAUUUGCACAACAGUGGAAGAAUGAGGAAACUCCUACAGACAAAAAAAUAAUUAGAAAAAUACUAGAUUGUGCAUUAAGGGAUAUGUUAACAUUAAAGAUAAAGGACAAAGAAGACACAGAUUAUUUUUAACAUGGGAUUUGUUUUAUCAAUGGUUAGAAAAUGGAGGUAAUAGAAGUUGGAAGAUUAUUACUAGGUAUAAGUGAAUAAUAUUAUUACUAUUAUUAUGUACAAUUAAAUUGACUCAGACAAUACAAUAUUUACUAA